CUUAAGAUUAGAGACCAAAUUGUUUUUUUUUUAAUUAUUUAUUUCCGAACCUAAGAAAAGGAGAAAAGAGGUUCGUGUUCGAUUUCGGAACCAUUCAAUCACACACACCAAUUCCGAAAAGGAGAUUGAUUGAUGGCUUGGAGGCGGAUCAUCACCAAGGCUUCGAGUCAUGAACGGGAGUUGAAAAGCUUACUAGUCAGAGCUUACACUUCUCUUCCCAGAGUAGGAGUUGUUGCUAGAGCUCGAGGUGGUGGUGGUGGUGGAGCUUCUUCCAGGUUUCAAUCGAGCUAUGUCGGCAGCUUUGUUCGCAGAGUGCGUGAAAGAGACGAGUUUAACGAGGUCGCGCAACUGAGAGAGCUAUUCCGCAGAAACGACCCUGAAGCGGUGAUCAGAAUCUUCGAAAGCAGCCCUUCUAUGCAUUCCAACCCCUCUGCGCUCACCGAGUACAUCAAGGCUUUGGUCAAAGUCGAUAGGCUUGAUAACAGCGAGCUCGUCCGAACAUUGCAAAGAGGUAUCGCUGGUGCGUCUCAGGAGCAAGAGACGUUUGGUGAUAUUGCAGCGUUUAGAAACUUGGGAAAGGGAACGAAAGAUGGUGUUCUCGGAACCGCUGCUGCGCCGAUCCAUACCAUAUCCACCGAGAGGAGUAGCUUUAAAGAACAGCUUUGGAGUACUUUCAGGACUAUUGCUGUUGGUUUCUUGCUUAUUUCUGGUGCUGGUGCACUUAUCGAGGAUAAAGGAAUUGGCAAAGGACUCGGUUUGCAUGAAGAAGUGCAACCUAGUAUGGACUCCAACACCAAAUUUGCCGAUGUAAAGGGUGUUGAUGAAGCUAAAGCUGAGCUUGAGGAGAUUGUUCAUUAUCUUCGUGACCCCAAGAGAUUCACUCGUUUGGGAGGAAAGCUUCCAAAGGGAGUGUUGCUCGUCGGUCCACCCGGCACAGGCAAGACCAUGCUUGCAAGAGCCAUCGCGGGAGAAGCAGGAGUACCUUUCUUCUCCUGCAGUGGCAGCGAGUUCGAAGAGAUGUUUGUUGGGGUUGGAGCCAGGAGAGUGAGAGACCUUUUCGCCGCUGGGAAGAAGUGCUCCCCUUGUAUUAUCUUCAUCGACGAGAUAGAUGCUAUUGGAGGGAGCCGUAACCCCAAGGACCAGCAGUACAUGAAGAUGACGCUGAACCAGCUGCUCGUUGAGCUUGAUGGGUUUAAACAGAACGAAGGGAUUAUUGUGGUCGCGGCUACAAAUUUCCCUGAGUCGUUGGAUAAGGCCCUGGUUAGACCUGGGAGGUUUGAUCGUCAUAUUGUUGUGCCUAAUCCUGAUGUUGAAGGUCGACGCCAGAUUCUAGAGUCCCACAUGUCAAAGGUACUUAAGGCUGAAGAUGUUGAUUUAAUGAUCAUAGCAAGAGGAACACCUGGAUUCUCCGGAGCUGAUUUGGCGAAUCUGGUCAACGUCGCUGCUCUGAAAGCUGCAAUGGACGGUGCAAAAGACGUGACGAUGUCUGAUCUCGAGUUUGCCAAGGACAGAAUCAUGAUGGGGAGCGAGAGGAAGUCUGCUGUUAUAUCCGAGGAGUCGAGGAAACUGACUGCUUUCCACGAAGGUGGACACGCACUCGUGGCCAUCCACACGGAAGGUGCUCUUCCGGUCCACAAAGCGACCAUCGUGCCUCGCGGUAUGGCUCUCGGCAUGGUCUCUCAGCUACCGGAUAAAGAUGAGACCAGCAUCUCCAGGAAACAGAUGCUUGCUCGGCUAGAUGUUUGUAUGGGAGGGAGAGUGGCGGAAGAGUUGAUUUUUGGGGAGAGCGAGGUGACUUCAGGGGCGUCCUCUGAUCUCGAGCAGGCGACUAAGCUCGCUCGAGCGAUGGUUACCAAGUUCGGUAUGAGCAAAGAGGUUGGUCUCGUGGCGCAUAACUAUGAUGAUAACGGGAAAAGCAUGAGCACAGAGACGAGGCUUCUCAUCGAGAGGGAAGUGAAGCUUCUUCUGGAGAAGGCUUAUAACAAUGCGAGGAACAUCCUGACGGUUUACAACAAGGAGCUGCAUGCACUUGCGAACGCUUUGCUUCAGAAGGAAACUAUGUCUGGGAAGCAGAUUAAGGAGCUGCUUGCUGAUCUCAACGCUCCUCAGAUGAAAAAGAGGCAGGAGGUGGUUGCGCAGCAAAGCCAGCCUGUUCCUCCUCCUCCUCCAUCAACUCCUAGCUCUGCUGCUUCGUCAGCAGCCGCAGCGGCUGCAGCUGCGGCUUCGGCCGCCGCCUCAGCUGCUGCAACGGCCGCAACCAAAGGUAAAGACAUGGCUCCUGUCGGGUCUUAAAAUAAAGUAAAGGAGGCUCGUGUAUGUGUAUGCUGGGGGUAAUUUAAUUGGGAAUAAACUCUUUGUUUUGAGAGUAUUUUAGAAUCAGUGGAGGGAGGCUUGGCUGGUGAGAGAUUAAAAAUAUUCAGUUUUUUUUUUUUUUACUAAUGUCUUUAUUCCACACUGAACCUCGCUACAGAGUGGUCUUUGUAUUUUCUCUCUCGUUUGUCUUUUUAAUGUAUUCGGAAACUUGUGGGAGGCUUCUCAGAAGUUUUGGCUCGUACUGUUUCAGGUUACAACAUAACUAUAAAGAACAUGCUUUUGUAGGA